CAAUCAAAUUCAGUCUACAGCGGAGAAUAAGAAGAAACGUAGCUAUAAAUCAUACAAAAUGCGACCAUGAAAAAAACUAGCUAGCGAGAAAUCCACAUUGCAUAUAAAGCUACAAGUAGAUUGUGUGUUGGCCAUGUUCUGCAAAAAGGGCCUUGUUGCAGAAGGCUUCGUUAUUUGCACUAACGUUAUCCAGCUUGCAACCAUUAACAUGUGCGUGUAGGAUUUGUGGUCCAUUGAAAGAUGCCAAAAAAGAAGACGGGAGCACGCAAGAAAGCUGAAAACCGGAAGGAAAGGGAGAAACAGAGUCGUGCUAACAGGGAGCAUGUCGAUGUGGCCAAACACCCAUGCAACUCUGCCAUGGAGUGUGACAAGUGCCUGAGACGUCAGAAGACCAGAGCGUUCUGCUACUUCUGUUCUUCUGUACAGAAGCUGCCCAUGUGUGCGCAGUGUGGAAAAACAAAGUGUAUGAAGUCUUCUGACUGUGUAAUCAAGCACCCAGGGGUCCACAGCACCGGAAUGGGCAUGGUGGGGGCGGUGUGUGAUUUUUGUGAGGCCUGGGUCUGCCACGGAGCGAAGUGUCUGAACACACAUGCCUGCACGUGCCCGCUGUCGGACGCGGACUGCAUCGAGUGUGACCGCUGCGUCUGGGAUCACGGCGGCCGGAUAUUUCGCUGCUCCUUCUGCCAUAACUUCCUGUGUGAAGACGAUCAGUUUGAGCAUCAGGCCAGCUGCCAGGUUCUGGAGGCGGAAACAUACAAGUGUAUUUCCUGUAAUCGUCUUGGCCAGCACUCUUGCCUCCGCUGCAAGGCCUGCUACUGUGACGAUCACGCCAGGAGUAAAGUGUUUAAGCAGGAGAAGGGGAAGUCUCUCCCCUGCCCCAAGUGUGGGCACGAAACGCAGGAAACUAAGGACCUCAGCAUGUCCACCCGCAAUCUGAAGUUUGGUCGGCAGAGCUGCGCAGACGAUGGGGGCGGAGCUUCGGGGUACCACGCCUACUGGAAAAACCUGGCAUCAGGAGGAGGGGCUGACGAGCAGGAGGAAGAGUACGGGGCGGGAGACGACGACUACGAUGAGGAGGACGACGACGACGAAGAGGAAGAUGAGGAGGAAGAGGCGGACGCAGAGGCGGCUGGGCCCUUCGCCGCCCUCAGCCUGGGAAACUCUCCGUACGGAGAGUGAGCCUCAGGAGAGGAAGGGCUCUUUGUUCCUCCUGCACCAUGCUUUUCUGUCCUUCUACAGCCAGAGUAAUAUCAGCUGUGGCUCAACAGUGUCCAUAUCAUUUAUGUUAGCAGACCUUAUUUGAACAUGUUUGUCAUGUUGUAUCAUUGUGUUCUUCCUGCUUAUAUCUGAGAAGGCCUUGCUGUGUUCAGCGGGGGGUACUUUUGUUUUGAUUGCGAUGGUUGGCAGGAAGAUUUAGUGGCUUUGUGAUGCAUACUUUUAACGUAAUUUAGUUUCACCCAAAGGGGGUCACUGACUGAUUGUAAUUAAGUGUGGUCAGCAGGAGACUGGUCUGUGUGGGAGAGCACAUGGCCAACUUAUCAAGUUAUAAUCUAGUUACAAACACAUAAACGGCACAGGAGCAAAGUUGCACAUUAGUGGUCGCUUGUUGGGAUUAACUGUUCAUUUACUGGUGACUGUAUUUUGUUCUGCUGAUAUAACAGAAACAAGGUUAUAAUUAUGGGGGGAAAAAACAAUCUGGUCAUUAGUUAAUUUUGCAGACCAUAAAAGCAUAAUGUUGAUUUAGAAAUAAAACUGAAAAUUGGACUUUCUUUUGGAAAACUGAACUAUCAAAACGAGACGGGAUGUGUUUUCAGUUCAUUUCGAUACCUUUUUGGGGAGAAACUUUCAAAAUGAAUCAGGAUGUGUACUGAGUCAAGGUCUUACACAAUCCAGGGACAGCCUUCCAAGAACAUUUCCCAAAGCCACAGAUCCCUCCUAUAGUUCACAAAGGUGGCAAAUUAACUGAAAGUCUAUAGUUUACUGUUCCACCCACAGCUCCACACACACAGUGUGUUAGAUACAAGAUCACUGUCUACAUUUGUUUUCCAACAACCAAUAUUUCCCAAAUAUGUAUCAUAACAGUUUUAAUCAAUAAAGGAUUACAUUUACCCAA